GCAGCUCCUCCUCCUCCUCCUCCAAAAAUGUCGCAGGAGCUUCUCCUCUCGCCGCGGCGCUUCUUUUCUUUCCCUCUUUUCUUUUUCUCCCAGCGCCCCUAAAACCCCACCGAAUUUGCAGCUGUCACAGCCGGAAACAGCGAGCUUCACCCGGACGCACGAACCGGCCCUUUUCCCCUCCCCACCACUGAGGUGUUUAAACCCUCAGCCCGGCGCAUCCUCUCCCGCCCUCUCUCUCUCUCUCUCUCUCUCUCUCUCUCUCUCUCUCUCUCUCUCUCUCUCUCUCUCUCUCUCUCUCUCUCUCUCUCUCUUUUCAUCUCUCUCUGUCAUUGUCGGUGCCUCUCUCUCCUGAAUCCGCCGCAGAACUCCGCCGACCGUCCACCAGGUGACUGCGCGGAGCGGAAUAUUCAUCAGCACCGCCACAGUCGUCGUCUUUCAUCCCUCCGCUCCUUCGGACUCCACGGGGACCGGAGCUGCCGCAUCCCUGCAUCCUUCCUCCCCUCGCCCCGCACCCUCUCCCCCCUGCGCUGUCUCCUCUCAUCCGGUUCGGGACAUUCUCCGCUCCACGCACACGCAGAUUAACGGGGAUUCUGCCUCCCCGCCCGAACACUGAUGCUGAUGUCCUUGAGCUCGGCCUGCACGGUCCUGGUGGUGUAGCACUAGCCACCUCUAAACUGGAUCUGCUUCCUGCCUGUGAUUUAUCAGCCUCCUUUGCCCUCUUUCCAUCUGUCCAUCAUCGCUUCACUCCUGUCUGCGAGUCCACCAGCAUGUCUGUCCGCUUGUCCCCGGACCAGCCGUGACCCUGGAGGGAGGGGGACAGAGACGAGGAAAGAGUGGAGUCGCCGGGGAGACGGAGGAGAAGAAAGCUGGAUUCAUUCAGACGUCACGUCUCUGAAGUGCUCCUGCUCGCUGUCCUUCAUCCUCCUCACCCUCCUCCCUCUGUUAUGGAGAUUUAAAGGAGCAGUGGGAGGUUAGGUCAAGGUAGAUAGGAGGGGGAAAAAACACAACUACCACCCUUUACGAAGAAGUAAAAAAAAGACAAAAGAGAGAGAGGAAGAUUAAUUCAGUCACUCCGUUUAAAUAACAAUAACAAAGAAAAAAAAUUAAGCGCACAUGAACAACCCUUCACCUGCCAGACGAAGGAGGAGCUGAGUAGACUACGGAGAGAACGGACAAAAAACACAUCUAAAUUAUCUUACUGACAUGUCAACAACAGCAACAAUGGGGGAAAUGGCUAACAGCGCUGUGGAGUUUUAUCCCAAAGGGACUCGAGGCGGGGGCGGAGGAGGAGGAAGGGCAGAUGGCAGCCUCACAGGGGGAGACUUUGGGGUCACGGUGAAGGAGCUGAGGGAGCUGAUGGAGCUGAGAGGAACUGAAGCCCUGCAGAAAAUCCAGGAUGGCUACGGAGACACAGAGGGCCUCUGCCAGAGACUACAGUCCAGCACCACUGAUGGUGUCAGCGGCGACCCAGCAGACUUGGAACGUCGAUGUCAAACUUUCGGCCGGAACUUCAUUCCGCCGAAGAAGCCCAAGACAUUCCUGGAACUAGUGUGGGAGGCUCUACAAGAUGUCACCCUCAUCAUCUUGGAGGCUGCCGCCAUCAUUUCACUCGGCCUCUCCUUCUACCAGCCGCCUGGGAAGGAAAGUGAAUUGUGCGGGGAAGUGAGUGGCGGAGCGGAGGACGAAGGGGAGGCUGACGCAGGCUGGAUCGAGGGCGCUGCCAUCUUGCUUUCUGUUGUGUGCGUUGUCCUGGUGACGGCGUUUAAUGACUGGUCCAAAGAAAAACAGUUCCGGGGUCUGCAGAGUCGGAUCGAGCAGGAGCAGAGGUUUGCGGUGGUUCGGAAAGGAAACGUCAUCCAAAUUCCCGUGGCUGACAUGGUGGUGGGGGACAUGGCUCAGGUCAAAUACGGUGACCUGCUUCCAGCUGAUGGCAUCUUGGUCCAAGGCAAUGAUCUGAAGAUAGACGAGAGCUCCCUGACAGGAGAGUCUGACCACGUUCGCAAAUCUGUGGACAAGGACCCCAUGCUGCUCUCAGGAACCCACGUGAUGGAGGGCUCAGGUAGGAUGCUGGUGACAGCCGUAGGUGUCAACUCCCAGACGGGCAUCAUCUUCACCCUCCUUGGUGCCGGAGACAUGGAGGAGGAUGGAAAAGAAAAGAAAGGAAAACAAGCUGAUGGAGCUGUGGAGAACAAUCAGAAUAAAGCCAAGAAGCAGGAUGGGGGUGUUGCUAUGGAGAUGCAGCCCUUAAAGAGUGCAGAGGGAGGAGAAGUGGAGGACAGAGAGAAGAAGAAGACCAGUGUCCCAAAGAAGGAGAAGAGCGUUUUGCAGGGAAAGCUCACCAAACUGGCUGUGCAAAUCGGCAAAGCAGGUUUGGUGAUGUCAGCCAUCACUGUCAUCAUUCUGGUGCUGUACUUUGUCAUAAACACAUUUGUCGUUAAAGGUCAUACGUGGCUAACAGAAUGCACUCCGAUAUACAUCCAGUAUUUUGUCAAGUUUUUCAUAAUCGGAGUCACUGUGCUGGUGGUGGCUGUGCCAGAAGGCUUACCUCUUGCUGUCACUAUUUCUCUGGCCUAUUCUGUGAAGAAAAUGAUGAAGGACAACAACCUUGUACGGCAUCUGGAUGCAUGUGAGACCAUGGGGAAUGCCACGGCCAUCUGCUCCGACAAGACCGGCACGCUCACCACCAACCGGAUGACUGUAGUGCAGACUUACAUAGGUGAUGCGCACCAUCGUGUGAUCCCAGACCCUGGACUGGUCAAUCCUCGGACACUGGAUCUGCUAGUCAAUGCAAUCGCCAUCAACAGCGCCUACACCUCCAAGAUCUUACCACCAGACGUGGAGGGGGGUCUAGCCAAGCAGGUGGGCAACAAAACAGAGUGCGGCCUGCUGGGACUUGUCUUAGACCUUCAGCGGGACUACACCCCUGUAAGAGAGCAGAUCCCUGAGGAGAAACUCUACAAGGUGUACACAUUCAACUCAGUGCGCAAAUCUAUGAGUACUGUGAUCAAGCUGCCUGAUGGUACCUUCCGCCUUUACAGCAAAGGAGCCUCUGAGAUAAUGCUGAAAAAGUGUUCCUACAUCCUGGAUGCCAAUGGAGAAUCUCGCAGUUUUCGUCCACGCGACAGAGAUGAGAUGGUCAAACAGGUGAUUGAACCAAUGGCCUGUGAGGGGCUGAGGACCAUCUGCAUCGCCUACCGUGAUCUGCCCCCAAAUCCGGAGCCAGAAUGGGACAACGAGGCGGAAAUUGUGACAGAGCUGACCUGCAUCACUGUGGUUGGAAUAGAGGACCCUGUUCGGCCCGAGGUGCCGGAAGCCAUCCGGAAGUGUCAGCGCGCGGGCAUCACAGUGCGGAUGGUAACUGGUGACAACAUUAAUACAGCGAGGGCCAUCGCUGCCAAGUGCGGCAUCAUACACCCUGGAGAUGAUUUCAUCUGUCUGGAGGGGAAAGAGUUUAACCGGCGAAUCCGGAACGAGAAGGGGGAGAUUGAACAGGAACGUAUAGAUAAAAUCUGGCCCAAGCUGCGCGUGCUGGCUCGGUCCUCGCCGACAGACAAGCACACACUGGUUAAAGGCAUCAUUGACAGCAGCAUCGUGGAACAGAGACAGGUUGUCGCGGUAACAGGAGACGGGACUAAUGACGGACCAGCUUUGAAGAAGGCUGAUGUGGGCUUUGCCAUGGGUAUCGCCGGGACAGACGUGGCUAAAGAGGCGUCCGACAUCAUCUUGACUGAUGACAACUUCAGCAGCAUUGUCAAGGCCGUGAUGUGGGGACGAAAUGUCUACGAUAGCAUCUCCAAGUUCCUGCAGUUCCAGCUCACGGUCAACGUAGUGGCUGUCAUCGUGGCCUUCACCGGGGCAUGCAUCACUCAGGAUUCUCCUCUGAAGGCGGUGCAGAUGCUUUGGGUGAAUUUGAUCAUGGACACGUUUGCCUCGCUGGCUUUGGCCACCGAGCCCCCGACUGAAGCCCUGUUGCUACGAAAACCCUACGGUCGAAACAACCCGCUCAUCUCUCUCACCAUGAUGAAGAACAUCCUCGGCCAUGGAGUGUACCAACUGGUCAUCAUCUUUACUCUGCUGUUUAUCGGCGAGCGCAUGUUUAACAUCGACAGCGGUCGCAACGCGCCGCUCCACUCCCCGCCCUCCGAGCACUACACCAUCAUCUUCAACACCUUCGUCCUCAUGCAGCUUUUCAACGAGAUCAACGCUCGCAAGAUCCACGGAGAGAGAAAUGUCUUUGACGGCAUAUUUGGCAAUCCCAUCUUCUGCUCCAUUGUUUUGGGGACCUUUGCAGUGCAGAUUGUGAUCGUGCAGUGGGGAGGGAAGCCCUUCAGCUGCGCCCCUCUCAAUGUAGAGCAGUGGCUCUGGUGUCUGUUUGUGGGUGUUGGAGAGCUGCUGUGGGGGCAGGUGAUUGCCACCGUGCCAACAGAGCGGCUGCCAUGUCUGAAAGAGGCUGGGCUCGGCCUGGAGCCUGGGGAGGAGGAAGGGGAGGAGCUAGCGGAGGAUGAGGAGGAGAUUGACUGCGCUGAGCGAGAGCUGCGUCGCGGACAGAUCCUGUGGUUCAGAGGCCUCAAUCGUAUCCAGACUCAGAUGCGAGUGGUGAAAGCAUUCCGUAGCUCGCUGUACGAGGGCCGGGAGAGACCAGAAUCCCGCAACUCCAUCCACAACUUCAUGGCCCACCCAGAGUUCCUCAUCAACGACCUCAUCCACAACAUCCCGCUGAUCGACGACACUGACGUGGACGACGAAUCAGAGCUCAGCAGAUACCAGCACCUGCACCCGGCCCUCCGCAAGCCGCCGCCCCCCCCGGCCCAGCCCCCGGCCCGCACCAGGCCGACCCGACCCUAUCGCCAGUACAGCCUUCCAGUGACCCCGUGUAACCGCAACAACAACAACAACAGCAGCAGCAGCAGCAGCUCCACGGUCAGCAACAAGAACAACAUCAAAGUUUCCCCUGACAGCCAGAGUCACCACCACAAACAUCACCACAGCCACCACGGCAGGCCCAGGCCCGUGAAAGCCCCCGCCCCCCACCCAGCACAUCUCUUCUGCGUGGAGACGUCCUUAUAACUGGGAGAAAGGGAAUCCCAAACCCCACUAAGAUGAGGGGAGGGACGAAAGGGUUGAGCGUGAGAGAGGGCUGAGAACACACUGACAUUUUCAUCCAGUCGCCCUCAAAACAAGCUCACAGAAAAGAGGAGGGGCGGAGGGGCGGGGGGUGGAGAACGGCUGGAGACUUCUGCUCUCUGAGAACAACUUUUCCUCCCCUUUCCUCUCUCCGGCUCUCAGUUUGAUUUUCCACCUCGAUACCCCUGGGCCCCACCCAGCCUUGUCACGCUCACCGUGUCGUCCUGAGCAACGGUUCGGAUGGGGAGGGAAGGUGGUUGUGUUGCCGGGGCAUCGGGGUUGGGAGGGCAGGUGGGACACCCACAAAAAAACCCAUAAAAGCUUCUACACAACCGGUCAUGUGACUUCGGGGGCUGACUCACUCUGAUUCUAACAGUGUUCAUUCUUAGUGUCGUUGCCACCUACUUACCCACCACCCACCCACCCACACCUCUCUGGAUACAGCCACUCUAAGGUCACUGCUCUGCUUGCGAUAUAUGUGAAGCGCUUUGUUGAAGCUUUACCUAGACCUCAGUCACUUCCAUCUCGCCUGCAUUUAGUUCCCCCAUGCUGGUGUUCAUUUGUUUCCUUACUUAACAGAUUUCGUUCGCGCCUCUGUUUUUCAGUCUGUGUACGUGUGUCGUCUUUUCUCUACUUAUGAAAAAAACCUGACAAGAACAGAAAGUUGCGAAGAAAAAAAAGCUAUUUACUUAAAUCUAUAAGUAAACUGACUGAAUGCAGAACUAGGUGGGGGUAUCACAUACGCAUACAGGGUGUGAGCAUGUAAUUUCAAUGUUUGGGAAGCAGGUUAGGGCCACCCCCACAAACCCCCAACACUGAACUGUUCAUGUUCGUCACAUGACCUGCUCUCCGUUGUGAUCAGGAUCCCUCCAUGACUCAUAAAUCCUACGGCUCUCCUCCCAUGUCCACAUGUUUCUGUUUUGUCCCAUGAUCUUCUCUCUUGCUGUUCCUCCUUUGCUCAUUUUGUGUCGUCCCUCUCGCUACUUUUGCGAUGGAAA